UUCUAUGCAGUUAGACAAGGUCGACAGCCAGGCAUUUAUAGUACAUGGACUGAAUGUCAGGCUAAUGUUCAAGGUUUUAGUGGUGCUGUUUAUAAGAAAUUCAAUACCUAUGAAGAGGCACAAAGUUUUUGUGCGUCUGGAUCCAUAUCAUCCUCUACAUUGUCACAACAGAACUAUAAUAAUAAACCUUCUAAUGCGUAUGCACAAGUGAUACCUUCUAAUGAAGGAACUAAUCAAUCCGAUCUUGGAUCCGUAACUGUUGUUUAUACUGACGGUGCUUCAUCAAAUAAUGGCUAUGGCAAUGCCCGAGCUGGUUACGGUGUUUAUUGGGGUGAGAAUGAUUCACGCAAU